AUGGCGGCGCCUCGGAGCGUGGUGGUGGAUGCCGGCAGCCGUCUGUCGGACAGGGAUGAGGAGAAGGACGACGAAUCCCCGUCGGGGAAGAAGCUGAAGGCGGAGAGGUUCCCGCUCUCUAGGUGGGAGUUUGCGACGGCGUUUGGGGUGUUUUUGGUAUUUUCCACCGGGCUGCUGUGCGUUUACCUCACCAUGCCCGCUGCCGAGUAUGAGAUGUUGAAGCUGCCCCGUAACCUCUCAGAUCUUCGCUCGCUCAAGGAUCAUCUCGCUACGUAUGCCCGAGUGUAUCCAGCGAAGUUCAUUCUCGGUUACUGCUCGACUUACAUAUUCAUGCAGACAUUCAUGAUACCUGGAACUAUUUUCAUGUCCUUAUUAGCUGGAGCACUUUUUGGUGUUGUGAGAGGUAUUUUCUUGGUUGUGUUCAACGCCACAGCCGGGGCAUCUUCUUGCUAUUUUCUGUCCAAACUCAUCGGCAGGCCCAUUGUCAAUUGGCUGUGGCCUGAAAAGCUCAGAUUUUUCCAGGCCGAGAUUGCAAAGAGGAAAGAGAAAUUACUGAACUACAUGCUCUUUCUGAGAGUAACUCCCACACUGCCAAAUCUGUUCAUCAAUUUGGCAUCGCCUGUUGUGGACAUACCAUUUCAUAUUUUCUUUCUGGCAACUGUUACCGGCCUCGUUCCAGCUGCCUAUAUUACUGUUAGAGCUGGGCUUGCGCUUGGAGAACUUAAGUCGGUGAAAGAUUUAUAUGAUUUUAAGACGUUGAUGGUACUCUUCCUCAUUGGGUCAAUUUUAUUAUUGCCGACCCUUUUGAAGAGGAAGCGAAUAUAUGAAUAA